GCUCAGCAAGGGGUCCGUCUUUCUCUGUCACUGUCUCUUUUGCCUGUUGUAAUUCUGUCUGCCUCUCUGGGACUCUGCCUGUCUCACUCUUUCUGUCUGUGCCUCUCCUCACUCUUGUUCUUUCUGCCUGAAUCACAGCCCUCAGUCUUUCUGUCCUCAUGCAUUUGUCUUUGUGGCUCUUUCCGUUUUUCUGCCCUUGACACCAUCCCCUCUCCCAGUGCUUUCCCUUUACUUCCAGACCGCUUCAUGACUUAGGCAGGGAAACAGAGGCCAGGGCCUCUUUCCUGGCUUCCCUCUGCAUCUUACUGAGUAUGCAGGUCGGAAGAGCCUCGGGUCCUGCCGCUGCGGGUGGCCUAGAGCCAAAGGAAGGCGGAGCCCAUCGGGGCGGGAUUGGCCCUUAGGGCCACCUCAUAAAGCCUGGGGCGAGGGGCACGACGGCCUUGGGAAGGAGCCCUGCUGGGGCUGUUCGGUCUGACAGACCUCACAGGCUCAGUCGGGCUCUGCAGUGUCAUGCCUGGGAGCCCCCGGCCCGCGCCGAGCUGGGCGCUGUUGCUGCGGCUGCUGGCGUUGCUGCGGCCCCCGGGGCUGGGCGAGGCAUGCAGCUGCGCCCCGGCGCACCCUCAGCAGCACAUCUGCCACUCGGCACUUGUGAUUCGGGCCAAAAUCUCCAGUGAGAAGGUAGUUCCUGCCAGUGCAGACCCUGCUGACACUGAAAAAAUGCUCCGGUAUGAAAUCAAACAGAUAAAGAUGUUCAAAGGGUUUGAGAAAGUCAAGGAUGUUCAGUAUAUCUAUACACCUUUUGACUCUUCCCUCUGUGGUGUGAAACUAGAAGCCAACAGCCAGAAGCAGUACCUCUUGACUGGUCAGGUCCUCAGUGAUGGAAAAGUCUUCAUCCAUCUGUGCAACUACAUUGAGCCCUGGGAGGACCUGUCCUUGGUGCAGAGGGAAAGUCUGAAUCAUCACUACCAUCUGAACUGUGGCUGCCAAAUCACUACCUGCUAUACAGUACCCUGUAUCAUCUCGGCCCCUAAUGAGUGCCUCUGGACAGACUGGCUGUUGGAACGAAAGCUCUAUGGUUACCAGGCUCAGCAUUAUGUCUGUAUGAAGCAUGUUGACGGCACCUGCAGCUGGUACCGGGGCCACCUGCCUCUCAGGAAGGAGUUUGUUGACAUCAUCCAGCCCUAGUAGGGACCAGUGACCAUCACAUCCCUUCAAGAGUCCUGAAGAUCAAGCCGGUUCUCCUCCCCUGCAGAGCUUUGGCCAUUACCACUUGACUUCUUGCUGCCAGCUAAUAAGAAGUGCCAAGUGGACGGUCUGGCCACUGUCAGGGCAGGGAAGGGGCCAUGACUUUUCUGCCCUGCCCUCAGCCUGUCGCCCCUGCCUCCCAAACCCCAUUAGUCUAGCCUUGUAGCUGUUACUGCAAGUGUUUCUUUUGGCUUAGUUUGUUUUCUAAAGCCAGGAUUAUUCUCUUUCCUCCCAAGGAAAACGUGUUUUCCUUUGUCUUAAUCGAUCUGGUAGGGGAGAAAUGGUGAAUGUCAUACAUAUGAGAUGGUAUAUCCUUGUGAUGUACAAUACCAGAAGGUGGGUUGACAGCAUCAUAAACAGACUGACUGGCGGGAAUGAAAACAA